AAAAGGAGGCCUCCAUUAACUUUGAUUGCCCAAUGGACUCCUUCCUCCCAUUGGAUUGCACAGAUUUCAACCUAUACACCCAACUCACUAUGUGAAUUCCUUUUGCUUCUUUUCCUCUCCAUCCUUCCUUCUCUCUCCCCACAUCUUUCCUGUUUGUUAUUCCCCUUUCCACUCUCUUUUUCUUUCUGUGGCCUUUGGACUGGGAAGAAGAAUUGUAGAGCUUUUUGGUGGUGCUUUGUACAAGCAGGGCUGUGCUUGCUCUUACUAUGUUCCGAGUCUUUGAUGAAUCCUUGAUAUUGGUUUUUGGAGGAUUGCAAGAAGAUGUUGAUUGUUGCAUAAAUUCUCACAUAAAAACCGGUUUUUUGUAAAUUUGUUUUUUUCCUCUUUGGUGUCUAUUCUGUGUUGAUUCCUAUUGGGUUCCAAAGGGGAAGAUAAAAGGGAGUGAUACAAAUGGGAAAGCAAGGACCUUGCUGCCAUUGUGGAGUUACCAGUGAGCUCUUAUUCAUGUUCAUGAGCGAUUCUGGAUCUCUGAUUUCUCUCUAUCUUUAUCUCUCUUGCUGUUCUUUUUCAUGUUCUUCAAAUUAUGUUUCUAUUAAUUCAUAUUCUUCUUGAUGUUCUUCUCAUUAAUUCUCUCCAAGCGGUUUGCUUGGUUUCAGAUUUCAUUACCCAAACAUACUUGAGGCAUUCUGUGACAUUAACGUGUUGUUGGCUGUUUCUUUCUGUCAUGUUGUUCAGAUUUCAUUUUCUUUUUGCUCUGUGCUUUGCUCAGUGUAAUGGGUAAAGGUUGACUUCAUCCCAUGGGAUAUCAAUGAUUGAAUCUGAAUCAAGCCUGGGCUUCAUGUUAUCAUAUCUUUGUAGUUUUUGCCUCUCCAUAUUGGUUCGUAGAAGCAUCUCAAUAUCUCUGGCAAACAAUUACUAACAGAAUAAAGGACUUCAAGUGGUAUCCGUGUUAGAUAUCUUGGAGAGAUCUUAAUGACCUGCAACAGGGAUUGUGGAAUUUCUAAGGCUUUGUGUUUCUCUUCCCUGAUUUGGUAGUUAGCAAAAGAACUGGCAUCCACUUUUUUGCAGUGGUUUCCUUGCAGGUUUAUCGGUCUCUAUUUUGGGAACUCAUGGAAAAUUUUAACUAAGAACAAUUGAAUUUGGACAUUAGGAUUAGUUAAGAUGAUAUUAUUUACCUUUUUAAUUGGCAGCAUAGGCUUCAUAAUGUAGUGAUUACUCAUUGACUUUUAGUGGGAGAUUCAAUAUCAUGUACUAGACCUGCUCUUUUGCUGAUAGACAAUCUAGUCCGGGGUGCAUUCGAAAAUGAAAGUCGAGUUACAUGCUUUUAGUGAUCCUGAACUUUGAUAGAAUGUAAAACUUGCAUGUAGAUCUUAGGACAGAGCUGGUGACUUUCUAGGUGUAUAUUGCUACUACAUAUUGAUCACAAAAUAGUGUCAUAUGUAAUAGGUCUACUUAGAGAACCCAUUUUCUUGGCCUCAAAUCUCGUUUACUUAAAUGAUUUAGCUGGUUGCCAUUCCAUCAUUAGAAAUGUUCUGAGAUGCUAACGGCUAAGCUAUUCUUCUAUUGACUAGUCUGUAUGAAUUUCAUGUACGAUUAUAAGCAUUCACUUAUGACAAUUAUAUUUUCUUUGGCACUCAGUGUCAGGAUGCAUUUUUAGAAUUUCAAACCCAAAGUUGUGUGUGGCGGCUUGUUUUGCCUGUUUGUCAUCGAGACUUCCUUGUUGAUUGUAUCCUAUACCCUGUUUGUUCAUAUGAUUGAUUUACAAAAUAGUUGUCCUCUGGGAUUUUGAUGACAAAUUAAGUGACAUCUUGCCUUGGAAAUCACAUGCUAGCCUGAGGAAAUAGUCAAUUGAAAAGGUACCCCUCUCUGGCGAAAUGGGCCACCUGAAAAGCCAGUUUUAUGCAAUGCAUGUGGUUCCAGGUGGCGAACCAAGGGUUCACUGAUGAACUAUAUACCACUGCAUGCUCGGGAGUCUUUUAAUUCAGAUGAGUUAGAAGUUCCAAAAAUCAAAAGAAUAUCCUUCAAACCCAAAGAGCAGAAGUUGCAAAAGAAAAGGCACAGCAAUAGUGCCCUGGAACUUGAACGCGAAAUGAAGUAUUGUGACCAGAACUUUCGCAAGAUUUUAGAGGCAGAUACAAGCAAUCGAUCCUGUUCUGAUUCUGCCAUAUCUGGUUCAGAAAGCUGCGUGUAUUUCGGCACCACUGAUGCAAAAAGUGAUUUAACAGUUUGUUUCUCAGGUUCAGCACAGUCAAAUGCAUGGGAUUCGCUAGUCCCAUCCAAAAAGAGAACAUUUAUAACUCGGCUGAGGCCAAAACCUUCUCCUGUUGAAAAGCUCACAAGAGACCUGUAUUCCAUAUUGCAUGAAGAACAGGCUUCUAACCUGUCCAGAACCUCAGAAGAUGAUCUUCUUUAUGAAAGCGGAACUCCAUUUGGUUCUUCUGAGAUUGGUUAUGGAGGUUUGCUCAUUAAACAUCCUAAUGCAAGAUUAGUAGAAGAGGAAUCAGAAGCAAGCUCACUUCCCGUAGAUAGAUCAUACAUUAUCGGUGUAGGUUAUUCAGGUUCAGCAUCAAUUCCUGUAAAUACCGAAAACAAAGGAUCGAGCAUUCUGAAUCCUGGUACCGACACAAAGAAGUCUACGGCACAAAUGACCCAAGAGAGUGCCAAAAGGGAUAAAAUCUCACAUCAAAAGUUAAAUAUCCUGCAAGAUAGAAAUUCUCCCCUGAGUUCGGCAGAUUUACAUGCUUUCAUUAACUUCGAGAGUUUCAUGAAAUAUCUUACAUGUGAGGAACAGAAACAGCUGAUGAAAUAUCUGCCAUCUAUAGACACUGCAAAACCUCCCGAAAGCCUCAGAAGUAUGUUUACCAGUCCUCAAUUCUUAGAGACAUUAUCUUACUACCAGCAACUGCAUCAAGAAGGAGUUUUUGAUCUCUCCUUGUCAGGAGCAAAUGCUGAAGAGUGCAGGACUUUAAAGAGGCUUGUAUUACUAAAUUAUACAAAUCAUAAGUGGUCAGAGUGCUAUCAGAAAAUAAAGGAUGCACCAUCGAACAAGAAGAAAGGAAAUGCAAAGCUGAACAGAAAAAAUCUUUCUGAUCUUUCCAAAUUGGCAUCCCUGAAAAGGCACCAUGAGAGGCAAAAUGAGAACUAUCCAGAGAAUAAAAGCACCAUGACAAGCCCUAAAAGAAUGUGCAGGUCUGAGAAGACGAAUCCUCCUUCAAGAUGUUCAACUCAGCUGGAACCUAGUGUCAUUUCCAGUGUAAAUGAUGACAUAGAGGACUUUGUAGACCAUGAAGGUUCUUGCUUCAGUUCCAGAAGAAAUUUUGCUUCUCCUCCUGAUAGGAGCUCCUUGCUAGCCCCAACACUCAGUUCUGAGAGUGACUUGCUUCUGGUUUUGCCGUCUGGUGGAUCAUUUCCUCAAGAAGAACUCUUGUACCAAUAAUGGAGACAGAAAGACAGAUCAAUUCAGCAACACAGAUGUUGUCCAAUUGCUUGUUGCACAUGGAGCAUCAACUGAACUAGUGCCGUGAAUGGUGGGUGUCAUAGUCUUGCUCUUUCCCCCUCUGUCAACCUCUUUCGAAAACAUUUUCGGUCUACUUCAUCUUCUAGUAUGCUGAAAACUGACAAUUAGCUUUGAACUGGUUUGAGCUAAAUUGCUUCAUGUAUAUAGCCUUGCAAGAUGGUUGUAAUACAACUGAGCAUAAAAAGAGGAGUCUGUAUAAACAGUGAAGGAAUGUGCAUUGCCAUCUUGUUGUUCUCUUCUCAA